UCUGCGGCGAAUAGAGGAAGGGCGCGAGUGAGGAGUGAGAGUGUGUACCCGCAACUAGGCAGUGCAGAUACAAGAGAACGAAGAUCUACAGGCCGCGGACUACGCCGAGACAUCUAGCAGGGCAUUUCACUAAACAUCCAUCAAAGGGCAAAGAGGCAGGACUGAUCCUGACUCGGCCUGAGACAUAAAACCAUUCAAUUUUCUUUUCGAGGGCGCGGGGCUCGUUGAGCAACGCGUCGUUUCACUUAAACGGAAAGACGGAAGUUGUAAGGCUGGAGUGCGUCCUGAUGGCAGAGUCAGAGACUGACUGUGACACACCAGGUCUCGAUACAUUGGGAUCUGAGUGUGUCAUAGCCCAUACGCAAGUUGGUGACUUGCAUUAUGGAGCAGAGACUGAGAUUAUGACUCAAGAGGACAAAAGGCUUGACCUGGAAGCGAUUCAUGGUGACUUAGGGGCUGUGACAUGUGUGGAUAUUGUAACCGAGACGGACCAUGACUACAUAAAAUCUGAAAUUCACCAUGAUCAUCAUCAGUACUUCAGCAGUGCAGAAAUAAAAACAGAGCAUUUGCUCGGCGAGGUGCUGUUGAAGACUGAGAUCGGUGGUGGAGAGCAUAUUGUGAAGGUGGAGUCUGACCACGGAGGAGAGCUUACAGUGGAGUCAGAAAAUGGUGUCAUUAUACAUGAGGCCCAUGGCCUGCAAUGCAGUGAGUGUGGGGAAAUUUUUGGCAGUAUGACUGAUCUCCAUGACCAUUUUGAAAUCCAUAGAGCCACUCACCCCUACAUUUGUGUCCAUUGUGGUGAGAGCUUUGCUAUUGAGGCCAGCCUGCGAAGUCACAUGAGGAUUCACAUGAAAGAGAAAAGUUACACCACUGGCCUUGAGAUGGUUGGCAAAGGAGUCAUUGAUGCAUUCAACUUGAAACCUCACCAGUUGAUGCACUCUCCUGAAAAGCCACACAGAUGUUCAGAGUGUGGUAAAAGCUUUGCAGCUGCCAUUACUCUUCGAGAGCACAUGAAAAUGCAUUCUGACGACAAACCCUACAAAUGCACACAAUGCAGAAAAAGUUUUGUGCGCAGACGCCAUCUAAAGAAACAUCAAGAGCUGCAUGCCCGUGACAAGCCGUUUACCUGCCCACAGUGUGGUAAAGGCUUUGCCACGGCUUCCAAUCUAAAACAGCACCAGAAAACCCAUACUGGUGAGAAGCCACACAGGUGUACGCAGUGUGGGAAGUGUUUCGCAGCUGCAACCACAUUGAGAGAACAUCAGAGAAUUCACUCUGGAGAGAAGCCCUACAAGUGUAACCAGUGUAGGAAGAGCUUUGUUAGGAAACGCCAUCUCAAGAAGCACCAGCUAGUCCAUCAGGGUGGAAAGCCGUACCGGUGCUCUCAAUGCGACAAGGGAUUUAAUCAUUCCUCUUCUUUGUCAAGACACCACAAGGUUCACCUGGAGGCAAAGAUGUAUGCCCAGGGUGAUAAGGAUUUCCCGUUUGAUACACCAAUGAAGAGGGGAAUGCAUACAGGUGAAAAACCAUACAGCUGCAACCAUUGUGAGAAGAGCUUCAAUCACUCGUCAUCACUAUCCAGACAUCAGAGAACUCAUUCUGAUGGAAAGUCCUAUACUUGUGCACACUGUGGGAAGAGGUUCAAUCAUCCAUCGUCUCUUGCAAGACACCAACGGGUUCAUUUGGAGGAGAAGCCCUCUUAUAGUGCAAUUGCAACAGGAAAGGGAUUCCCCCACACUACCAUCUUGAAACAGACAAUCCUUGAAAGUGAGAAACCCUAUAGGUGCUCUCAGUGUGGAAAAGGUUUCAAUCAUUCUUCUUCACUAUCUAGGCAUCACAGAAUUCAUAUUAGUAAGAAUGAAUAUCAGUAAGGUUUUUGUCCUCCCACAAGUGGUUCAUCCCACCCUUGAUUCAGGCCAGCUUAGUAAUGGAUUCAAGAAAAGUCGCUGUGAACCUGAUCUGAAGGAACUCCUUAUUUUAAAAACAAGUACUUCAUCUUUUCAAGAGCAAUUAAUUUCAUUAUGGUAUGAUUGACUUUGAGUUCAUAACUCCCUGUUUAAUGUGCUAAUACAGUUUAACGUGAUACUUCAUGUUCCUCAAUGACAAUUGUAUGAUUAAAACUAGAUGAAAGUUAUUGAUAUUCCUUCAUUACUGACUUGUGGCAGUCAUAUUAAGCUUCUGGCUUUAGGAAGCUUUUGUAAGUUAAUGGUAAAGACUGGCACAAUUUUGAGCUGAGUAUUUGGUAUUGUCAGUUUUGAAUGGCAGACAAUUAAGCAAAUAUGUCUACUUGAUUAGUCACUCCCUUAGUCUGUAUCAUUACCCACCUGUAUCUAUAUCAUUAAUGGGCUGAGAAGCUGAUAUCAUGUGUAAAUAUGUGUUGAUUUUCUGUUAUAUAGAUAUGUAUAGGUAAGUAGUGUGCUUUUCUGAAAAUGUUGAUGUACGAUACUGUUAGUCUUAUCCAUCUCGUAUAGGUCAAAUGAGGUGGUGUUUUCUGGGGAUGUCACUAGUUUGGAAUGAGCUGUCUUGAGAAAG